UCUUGUUUGUGUUUUGGUUCUAAGGGGAAGUUGCGAGAAGAAAGAAAGGAGGAGACGUGACGGGGUUUUUGAAAUUAUUUUCUUUGUUUCCCCUGCACCGUCUCACAACAGCCUCCCAAGUCCCGCGUGCAGAUACCACCGCGGCGGUAUUUAAAGUUCAGAACACCGUCUGGCUGCUCUCAGAAGCCAUGAUGGGAGACUUCACAAGACAGUUCAGGGAGAAGGUGAUCCUAUUGACUCUUCGACUGCACACCUUUUGUGGACAGGUUGAAAGUAGAAUUGCUGCUCCUGAGGUUUAGCAUACAGUACACCGAGGGAUCUGACUAGGUCAUGGCCAAUCGGGGAGGAGCUACAAGACCCAAUGGACCCAAUUCAGGGAACAAAAUAUGUCAGUUUAAGCUGGUGCUGUUGGGGGAGUCAGCUGUUGGAAAGUCCAGCUUAGUGCUUCGCUUCGUCAAGGGCCAGUUCCAUGAAUUCCAGGAGAGUACAAUAGGAGCGGCCUUCCUCACGCAAACAGUGUGUCUAGAUGACACAACAGUCAAGUUUGAAAUAUGGGACACUGCAGGUCAGGAGCGUUACCACAGUCUGGCACCCAUGUAUUACAGAGGAGCACAGGCUGCUAUUGUGGUCUAUGACAUCACAAAUGAGGAGUCCUUUGCAAGGGCAAAGAACUGGGUAAAGGAGCUGCAGAGACAAGCGAGCCCUAAUAUAGUCAUCGCUCUGUCAGGAAACAAAGCUGAUCUUGCCAACAAGAGAGCUGUCGACUUCCAGGAUGCCCAGUCCUAUGCCGAUGACAACAGCUUACUGUUCAUGGAGACAUCAGCUAAGACAUCGAUGAAUGUGAAUGAGAUAUUCAUGGCCAUUGCAAAGAGAUUGCCGAAGAGUGAGCCUCAGGCUGCAGGAGCCAACAGUGGACGGAACCGGGGAGUGGACCUGACGGAAGCGGCCCAGCCAGCCAAGGCUCCAUGCUGCAGUAACUAACCUGAAGAAUGCCUUCCUUCCAAACAACCUGUAUAGCAGUAGCUAAUGCGACUGAUGCCCUGACUGCCACUGCAGUUCCUAAUGCAACAUGUUGUGCCCUUUCCCCAAUUAUCUGAUUGGCAAAACAAGAAAAAGUUCCCGCCUUUAAUUUUUCAGUAGUGAAGUCAAUGCCAUGACACUGAUCAACAUGGCGCUCUGCUUCUUGUCCCACAUAAUGGUUCUGCUGCUACGUGAUAAAGACUCCUAACCGUUUGUCGUUACUUUCUGUCAUCUAGCUUCUUACAUCAGUUCUUCAAGAUUAACGACAGCAGCAGAUAUUGGUGAACCCUGCUGUUUGACAUCUUCUUUCCAUCAUGUAGAUAUGAGUUUCAUUAAGGGGAAGUGCUCACUUCCCGUUUCUGGAAUAGCUUAAGUCUUAACUACAGAAAUACUAAAAGGUGUCUUCUGGUUUUUCUGUUUUGUUUCUUGUUUUCCCUUUUUUGCUAUAACAAUUUCAAAAAUGUGGAUGCACAUAUCUACACACUUACAUGGCCUAAAAUAGACAAACUGUUGUCUGCAGUAGCACAUAGACAAAUACUACUGGAGAAGAGGAGUGUAUUAUGUAUGCAAGAAAGAGGAAAGAGUGGAAGAAAUGCCGAACAGAACCCUAAGUGUCUCUCUUUUGCCACUGGGACCCUUUUAUCUGAUGGUUUUGAAACAGCUGUGGACUAUAGUUGUUUUUAGAUUUGAUUCACCUCUGCCUCUUUAUCUACAUCCUUUCCCCACUAAAGUAGCACUAGAUUACAUUCUCUUCUACCAACUUUAGUCUCUAUUAUGGGCCUGUGUUUGCUUGUAGCUGUCCCUAGUGGCAUUGUGCAAUGUUUCACGGUAUUUACUCUGUGAUUUUAAAUGUCCGCAACGACCAUUGGAAAUCAGCAAUCCCCCCUCUGUUACACCCCACUCUAAUCACAACAAGAACAUGCAGUGUCUUUUCAUAAAUCUUUUGUAGACCACCCUUCGAUGGUUAGACCGGGGACUCUUGGGUUUCGUCCUUUUGGAUAAUUCAGUAGUUAAUUCAGACAACGUUUUCUAUUGUGUUUAUGUUGCUGCAGCUGGGUUUGCACAUCGUAAAAAGCAAAGGUGAUGGUAGCGAGCAAGGAGUUGCAAUGUGGUUGCUUCAUAGUCACCUUUGAAUGAUGAUUAUUUUUCAUUUUCUCUUGAUUAGGAAGUGCUUAAGACACGGUUACGUAAAAAACUGGGCCUGACUGGCUGGUGACAGGUUUCAUCUAUAGACUCACUCAUACCUUAAUUUGCCCGUAUGUUCAUCGUCAAGCACACGUUUGCACAUGAACACACGUUUGCGUUGACUUCUUCCUUCUGAACUGUCGAACCAAAACAUCACUGUACAUAGGCACAUGCACACACACAGCCUGUUACACAACCCUCUCACUUAUGUUGGCCACAUAUUUUUUUGUUUUCUUUUCCAUAAACCUUUCAGCUGUACAUUGUUCAAUACAAACACAUGGAAACACACACAGUCAUACAUGUGGUUAGCUCUUUUUACAGAUUUGUCUUACUCCGGCCUUGCACUAAUGAUGCUCAUGAAUAUAUCUUGUCAUAAUUUCAGCCAGUGUGAUAUAUAUAUAUAAAUAAAUAUAAAUACAUAUAAAUAUAUAUAAAUAAUAUACUGUAAAUAGGGUGUUGCAGUGUAGGUGUUUUUCUCUUUUUUUUGACUUACCAGUGACGGGACUAAUGCUUGCUAGGGGGCUGUCUAGAUAAUCAUUAAAAAAAAAAGUGUACAGUUAUCAGAAAAAAACAGCUUUGGUUUUGUUGCUGUUCUUUUUUCACACAAAUGGUUAAAUUAUAAUCAGUGGUGGUCUUGUAUGUAGUGUUAUAAAAAAAGAAUGAAAUUGCAUUUAUUUACUCAUCUGUCUUGUACUUUCUUCUCAAAUGAUAAAAAAGUAAUAUCCAAAUAUGUUGGUUUCUAUUUUUUAACACUCACAAAUUAUUGUUAUUAUCAUAUAUUAUAUUUUCUUUUUGUAUUAAGCUAUGAUUUCUUGUCCAGCAAGAACCUGCAGUAUCAGAACAUGCAGAGGAGUUGGACACAGUACAAAACGGUCUGAUGAACCAACUGUCCGCCCCUGAAAAGCAUCUUGUGACCAUCUCAUUGAAAACAGUAAACAGCUCUGUGCUGUAAAAAAGGGUGGUUCAUAAAUGAAUGGAUUAACAUAUCAGGGUUAAGGUUUUUGGGGGUUUUUUUUGUCAUAAACACCUAAUUAAUUACAUGCAAGCAUUUGACAGUACUGUUCUGUAAUGACCAAAUAAAUACUGAAAUAAAUUUGAUCAUUUAUUAUAAUCA